AUGUCUCCAACAAGCGGUCUCUACAAUCUCUUCGUCCCCAAGCGCCAGCCACCACCCUACAACAAGGUGGCCAAGCUGGUCAUGACGGUCGAGGUCGAGACGGUCCAGAUCCGCAACGUCCCUGGCGGAGCCCCGGUGCAGCCCGAGAGAAAAUACCCGCACUAUCCCGUCGUGGAACGUAGCGUAGAAACCGUUGACGGAGACGGUACCGUUCUCACGAGCGAAACCACCACCAUGAAUCCCCCGCCUUCGGCGGGUUCAUCCUGGCCUUCGUCGUACGCGUCUUCCCCGGCGUCGUCCGAGGCGAGUAACAGUCCCGAGUAUUCGUCCGCGCCGUGGCCGUGGUCGCGGCAAAAACAGGGUAAGCUGUCGGAAUCCUCGUCUUCCGCGGAAUCGUCGUUCCCCCGGCGAUCGGGCUCGUUCUCGUCUGUUGGGAGCUUCGGGUCUGGUUGGUCGUCGAAGUCGGUAUCCGAGUCGGAGACGAGGGUGGUUGGGGUGGUUAAGAGCAACGGUAAGAUGAAGAUGUUUGAGGGCGACGGUGUUGUGCUGGACGAACACCUGGCGGAUCCCACGUCGCCGGCGUCGUGGCCUGAAAAGGUGAGAAAGCUGGCCGGGCGAGGGCGUAAUAUUGGGGUUGUCUACAAUGCUGGUUCUCCGUAUGCUGGCUGGACGAUGAAGAAGAAUAAGUUUACGAGGAGGGAGAGGGAUCAUCCGAAUUACCGGGCCAUGCAUCUGGAAGAAAAGAGGAAGCGGGAGGAGGGGUUGAUGACUGCUUAG